AUGUGCCUGGAUCUGACCACUGUGCUCAGAGACGAUGCCCGGCCACGAGAUGAUUUUCCAUCACCGCCCGAAAACCGAGGAUUCGAAUUGGUCCAAAGUCAUCAAGGGCCCCGUACAACUCGUCACGCUUCCGGCGCAAAUGUCGGGGAAGUCGGUGGUCAUGUUCCGUUUCGCCUAAGACCGUUGUCCGAAGCACCACAGGACAGGCCUACCAUCUCACAGGCUCUUUCAGAUCGUAAUACACCUCGCAUUGUGCUAGAUUUCAUCGAUAUUCCAAUCGGAGAGUUUACGCAGUGCAAUCAGUUUAUAAAUCGCAAUCAGCGCAUCCUCUCAGCAAAUGAUCAAGAUUUUCGAGAUGUUGCUGUGCUGGCAAUGGAGAAUGAAAACGGUGACCUUUUGCAACGGUGUCUUCAGCGUUGGGCCAUUGUCAAGGAAUGCAGAGACUUAACAGUUGAGGCGCGGGAAGACUUUCUUGAGACGCUUAAGCGCAAGGCCACACGAAGCCUACAAGCCCUUUAUCGUGCUUGUGACAGGCUUUUGGAAGAUGUGAGACGACAUGUGCAAGAAAAAUCUCGUCCUCCGCCAACGUUUGGGAGCCCAAUAUCACGCAACUCUGUAGGAGGCAGUUCAAUAUCAGCCGGCCCAAUAUCAGGUAGUCAAAAUUUCCGUCCCGACAAUAUUUACGCUUCGCCAGUUGCAUCCCGGUAUCUCAACUAUACAGGGUAUCACCAUCAACCGCUUGGGACGACUGCCAGUUACGGCUUGAUGUCGUCGUCACCUCCUGCAGGAUCACAAGCAAUCGGCGUCUCGUAUUCGAUGUCUGCGACUAAGGAUUCAUCACUUCCAUCCACCUUUCUUGGCUCAUCAUUCUCAACGAAGCCAGGGUUGGGCAAAGACGAUGAAGAUGCGCAAAUACGCGACUCAGAUUUCCCAUCCAAGUCGCCAAGGGGUGGUGACGGAAGAGGGCAACCUAUGUCGCGCUUGUCCGGGAGUUCGUAUUACGAUCAUGAGUACAAACACAAAUUGCCUACAGCUGGAGGUAUUGACAAUGUCGAUUUUCGAGGUGAGGAGCAGUUGAGUCUAGGUAUUUCGGAACGUCUGGAUCCCCGCUACGUCUUGCGUCACGACGCCGCAACCUUUUUCUGCAAAGGAAGAGUGUUCUCCAUGAUGUUUCACGAACCAUAUGGCCUCAAACGCGGAAAGUCAAAUUCGAGCUCCAGGGAUCCCAACGUAAGUAUGGGACCGAAAGGGGUCCAGAUUUACAGUCACAUCAGAAGAAUGGCUGUCAUCAGGCAGCGGCAUGGCUAUUGUGUUUGUGUGCCAAUUAGUUCCUAUAGCGGGCGUGGAGUAACCAAGAACAUGGAUUCAAAGGAUGCACAAGCCCAUGCCAUCAUCUAUCCAAGUUCACGGCCCAAGCCGCCCAGACCACUCGAAGACGAGCCCGAUUUCAAAAAGAGAGCCAUUGCCGUUAACAUGAAUGAAGGUCACUCUUUGGGUACCACCAGCCGAAUACAUUUCGGAAAAUCUUACACCAUCGAGUGGAAUAUUAAAGUCAUGGAUGUCGGAAUGAUCGCCGAUAAUUCCAUGCCCGAAUUUGAAGAAUACUGGAAACAAGAGCUUCUCCAUUGA